AUCUACUACUCUAGUAUGUAUGUGCUCCAAGUAGUGAGGCUAGAGAUCAGUAAAGAAGCUCCUCUGGUUGUAGUAGAGUUAAGAAAAAUGGCUUCCAACUCAGCCACUUCUGCUGCUGCUGCCAUUAUCAUCUUCUUACUAGCUUCUCAUGCUUACAUACAAGAAGUACUUGCUGCAGGUGAGUGUGGGAAAACCCCCAUUAAUGCUGCAGCUGCUAGCUUGAGCCCGUGCGCCACUGCAACUCAAAGUAAGACAGCAAUGGUUCCACCAGCUUGCUGCUCGAAGGUAUCAGCUUUGUUCAAAAUCUCCCCCAAAUGCCUCUGUGCUGUUCUGUUGUCGCCCCUGGUAAAGCAGGCCGGAAUCAAUCUGGGGAUUGCCAUCACUAUUCCUAAGCGUUGCAACAUCAGGAACAGACCAGUUGGCAAGAAAUGUGGAAGUUACACCCUUCCAUGAGAACAAGAGUUUGGGAUCCGGGUACCAAGAAGAAGUCUUAGUAAAACUUAUGUAAUGUGAACGAGUUUGUUAAAUAGAUGCUUCUAUGUAUGGUGUUGGUCACUCACGUAAUGUGACUUACUUUCUUCUCUCUCUCUCUCUCUAGUAUGGAAAACUUUACUGGUA